UCGGAGGAGCAUUCACGUCUUGGCCAAGGGAGGACAGUGGUUGCCUCUCGUCAUUAUAAUUUGGAACGCUCAGAACAGGACAUCAACAUGGCGAUGUUGCAAAUGGUCUGUCUCAUUGCCGUGGUCAGCGCUGCCACCGCUGCUAGUUAUGAUGUGGCCGGGUACACCCAUCGCAACGGUGACUGCCAUGGUAACGACAUAAAGUAUAUUUCGAGGACAACCUUGGCCGUUUGUACGGCGGAAUGUAAUAAGCGGUCCACCUGCAAGACAUUCCUGUUUGUGGCCCGUGGCAGCAGUAGUUAUUGUUGGCUAAAAAACAAUGUGUGUUCUGGACUGACUUAUACAAGCAUGAAGACCUUCCACUUCUACAACAAGAGAGCUGGUUAUUCGGCACCAAAAGUGUGGCCGGCCUAUCCUUGGGCCCCGACAAAAGGAUGCAUGAAGCUGUACAAACACCUGCAUUCUUUUGGUGCAAGCCCAAAACGUAAAUCCAAUGGCCAGCUGUACAGUUGGACAUCCACUGAGUGCCGGGAUUUCUGUGCUGCACGCCCCGGAUGCCGUGCCGUAGACUUCACGACUGACAAGAGUUGCUGGGAACACACCAAGAGUGCGUCGAGGGUUGCUAUCGCAACUACCACAACAUUACAAACCUCGCAAUACGCCAAGGAAGGCUCAUGUAGUCAUGUGUGGCCGGCCUAUCCUUGGGCCCCGACAAAAGGAUGCAUGAAGCUGUACAAACACCUGCAUUCUUUUGGUGCAAGCCCAAAACGUAAAUCCAAUGGCCAGCUGUACAGUUGGACAUCCACUGAGUGCCGGGAUUUCUGUGCUGCACGCCCCGGAUGCCGUGCCGUAGACUUCACGACUGACAAGAGUUGCUGGGAACACACCAAUAGUGCGUCGAGGGUUGCUAUCGCAACUACCACAACAUUACAAACCUCGCAAUACGCCAAGGAAGGCUCCUGUGCUCCAGCAAAGAAGACCCUCCUUCUCGAUCUUCUCAUUGUUUUGGACGGCUCCACCGCAACUGGGCUGACCGCCUUCAACUCUGCCAAGCAAUAUGUCCUCACUCUACUGAGCACCUACAGACUCGGCGCAGACAGUUUGAGAAUCAAGGUUUUCUACUUUAAUGGAGGUGUCUUUACCCCAUUCACCCUUGACAACGAAUCCAACGUUGCGAGUUACAGGACGAGCAUCGGUAACCUGCACUAUAACGGCCGGACCGUCAACCUAUUAUUCAUCUUCCAGAAAAUAAGCACUUAUGUCUACAGCACAAGUGCUACCUUUUACAGGAGCAAUGUCGCAAGGUCUGCCUUCCUCAUUGGCGGUCUAUCCUCCGGCACAAACGAUCAGUACAAGACCCAAAUCUCCCUCUAUAUCCAAUCUCUGAGCUCCUACAUUCGAUUCUACUAUUUCGCCAUCGGAGUAACAAAGGACACAUCAUUCUGGAAUCAGAAUCUCGGCAGCCGAUAUAUCCUAACCUCGCUGCAGACCGAUUCGACAUAUGUCGUCAACUGGUUUGUUAGUAAGCAGGCUGCCCUGAAAGUGAAAGGUCUUGGAUUCACCAAGAAGACCCAGAACCUCCAACUUGUCUUGACUUUGGACGGCUCCAGGGCGACCGGUCGCCUUGCCUACUACAAGACAUUCAACUUGAUCCUCACCCUACUCAGAACCCAAACCAUCGGUGGAAACGGACUCAAGCUAUACGUCAUCCAUUAUAAUGGAGGUCAAGCCAGAGUUAUCCGAUUCAUCAAUAACAAUGACGUCACAACGAACUUGAAAACAUUGAUUCGAACUACUAUCUACUAUCACUACUACGGACACAUCAGUAACUCUAUCACCUUGUUGACGAAGGUCAGGUUUGUCAUCCAGAACUACAUCAGUCAGAAUCAGCCACGGACUGUUUGGUUGUUGGGUGGGAUCAAGGUCACGGACCGAAGGCAGACUCUGGACAUCCUAAAGACUAUUAUGGUGCAGUACAAGGUCCCACUCAAAUACUACGGCAUUGGUUCCGAAGAUGAUUUAGGUUUCUGGCAGAUGGUUCUACCAACUCAAUCCAUAUCUACCAGCGUAAAUGUCGAUAUAAAUCAUGUUGUUAGCCUGACGGCCACUGCAGUGACUGAAGCUAUCAGGGUCAUCACAACUGGACCUGUUGUCAAGGAUAUUGUCAAGUUUGGCGAAACUACCACAACUACAUCAACUACAACUACAACAACUCCCACAACAACAACAACGACAAUGCCCACGACAACGACAACAACAACUCCCACAACAACAACUACGACAACCACGCCCACGACAACAACAACAACGACGCCCACGACAACGACUACGCCAACGACAACGACAACAACUGAGAAGCCCAAGCGAGAGCUGAACCGUGACGUCAUCGUGACUCUCGAUUCCUCCUCUGCCACUGGCCGCGUUGCCUUCAACAAGGCAAAACAGUACAUUCUGACUCUGUUGCGGACCUACAAAAUUAGUCGAAGUAACCUGAGGAUCUACGUGAUCAUCUCCUCUCAGACCGUCUCUGUGCCAUCUCUGUCUCCAGCAAAGAAGACCCUCCUUCUCGAUCUUCUCAUUGUUUUGGACGGCUCCACCGCAACUGGGCUGACCGCCUUCAACUCUGCCAAGCAAUAUGUCCUCACUCUACUGAGCACCUACAGACUCGGCGCAGACAGUUUGAGAAUCAAGGUUUUCUACUUUAAUGGAGGUGUCUUUACCCCAUUCACCCUUGACAACGAAUCCAACGUUGCGAGUUACAGGACGAGCAUCGGUAACCUGCACUAUAACGGCCGGACCGUCAACCUAUUAUUCAUCUUCCAGAAAAUAAGCACUUAUGUCUACAGCACAAGUGCUACCUUUUACAGGAGCAAUGUCGCAAGGUCUGCCUUCCUCAUUGGCGGUCUAUCCUCCGGCACAAACGAUCAGUACAAGACCCAAAUCUCCCUCUAUAUCCAAUCUCUGAGCUCCUACAUUCGAUUCUACUAUUUCGCCAUCGGAGUAACAAAGGACACAUCAUUCUGGAAUCAGAAUCUCGGCAGCCGAUAUAUCCUAACCUCGCUGCAGACCGAUUCGACAUAUGUCGUCAACUGGUUUGUUAGUAAGCAGGCUGCCCUGAAAGUGAAAGGUCUUGGAUUCACCAAGAAGACCCAGAACCUCCAACUUGUCUUGACUUUGGACGGCUCCAGGGCGACCGGUCGCCUUGCCUACUACAAGACAUUCAACUUGAUCCUCACCCUACUCAGAACCCAAACCAUCGGUGGAAACGGACUCAAGCUAUACGUCAUCCAUUAUAAUGGAGGUCAAGCCAGAGUUGUCCGAUUCAUCAAUAACAAUGACGUCACAACGAACUUGAAAACAUUGAUUCAAACUACUAUCUACUAUCACUACUACGGACACAUCAGUAACUCUAUCACCUUGUUGACGAAGGUCAGGUUUGUCAUCCAGAACUACAUCAGUCAGAAUCAGCCAAGGACUGUUUGGUUGUUGGGUGGGAUCAAGGUCACGGACCGAAGGCAGACUCUGGACAUCCUAAAGACUAUUAUGGUGCAGUACAAGGUCCCACUCAAAUACUACGGCAUUGGUUCCGAAAAUGAUUUAGGUUUCUGGCAGAUGGUUCUACCAACUCAAUCCAUAUCUACCAGCGUAAAUGUCGAUAUAAAUCAUGUUGUUAGCCUGACGGCCACUGCAGUGACUGAAGCUAUCAGGGUCAUCACAACUGGACCUGUUGUCAAGGAUAUUGUCAAGUUUGGCGAAACUACCACAACUACAUCAACUACAACUACAACAACUCCCACAACAACAACAACGACAACGCCCACGACAACGACAACAACAACUCCCACAACAACAACUACGACAACCACGCCCACGACAACUACAACAACGACGCCCACGACAACGACUACGCCAACGACAACGACAACAACUGAGAAGCCCAAGCGAGAGCUGAACCGUGACGUCAUCGUGACUCUCGAUUCCUCCUCUGCCACUGGCCGCGUUGCCUUCAACAAGGCAAAACAGUACAUUCUGACUCUGUUGCGGACCUACAAAAUUAGUCGAAGUAACCUGAGGAUCUACGUGAUCAUCUCCUCUCAGACCGUCUCUGUGCAGACCUUUGAUGACGAAAGUAGUGUGGAUCGAUAUGUGACUUUGAUCAACGGGCAGACUUAUCGAAGCAGGACACAACAUUUUGUAACCAUACUGGAAAAAAUUGUGGAAAUUGGACAACGACUUCCCGCAAGUAGACCAAGGUCGGCAAUAUUUAUUGGCGGUUUCCCAGUACCAACCAAUGAAGGAAACAAGUUCAAGGUUCAAAUAUACAUCAGAGAUCUGCUUGUGAGACUCAACACCAACGUUCAAUACUUCGCCAUUGGCGUCCAGACGCAAGGCAAGAGUCUGUUUGAAGAAAUCCUUGGAGGAACGGGCAAUAUUCAUGUAUCUAUCGAUACAAGUGAGAAUAGUGUCGUGAGCUUCUUCAAUCAUGGCCAAAGUGACAUAGGCCCGAAAACACCUAAAAAGACCACUAACAUACAGAUCGUGUUGACCCUGGACGGCUCCACAGCCACGGGUAGUCUCGCCUUCUACCAGACCUUCGCCACCAUCUUCCGCCUUCUGGACACCAACAACAUCGGACUCAAUGCCCUCCAACUGUUUGUAGUCUACUACAACGGCGGUGAACCUCGCGUCAUCAAGUUCAAGACCUCAGCCGACAUUGCGGCUUUCUACGGGUUGCUGGUGACCGAUCAGAUCCGGGCGACCUAUUCUGGUGCAACACCUAAUACGAAGGGCAUCUUGGAAGCGGUGAAAGAGACUGUACGCACUGAGGUAUCCCCUAACAAACCAAAAACAGUUUGGCUGCUGGGAGGAAUGCAGGUUACUGACCAAGAAGAAGCCAAGCAAGUCUUACUCACGCUCCAAUCGGAGUUCAAGGUCUUCGUCUACUACUUCGCCAUUGGUGUACAGCAGGACACGACUUUCUGGAGCACUGUCCUGGACUCGCAGUACGUCAAGACAGACAGCCGCUUGGACUCUGAUUCUUCCUUCAUUACCAACUUCAUCAUCAAGAUUUACAGCGUUGCGCAGAAUGUGCAGCAAGGGCCGACCAUCACCACCAUCAUCAAGAACUUUGGAGCAACAAUAGAUAUGGGAGUUACACAGGAAAGUACAUUUCAAAUGAAGGUUGUCAAUAACAAGUACUGGGUGCAGCGUUCCCUUAACGUCAACAACCCGAGCGUCUGCCCAGGAGGGACCACAGCUAAGGAAGGAGCCUGGUGCGAAAUUUCCGACCUCACUGCGUUCAUUGCCUGGGCCAAGACCAUCGGGCUGACAGUCACUCGAACGACAGAGGGCAAUGUGGAACACAUCAAGAUCUCUGGGACAAUCCAGCAAACACAAACUGUUCAACAAUCCGGAACUUUGUCUCUUCAAGAAGGUUCCCUUCUUCCAACGUGGAUGGUGAAGAAUAUGGAUGAGUGUCCGAGUGGAACCCAAACCAGCGGCAGCACAUGCAAGAUCACUAAUGGCAAUCUGUUCAUGGCCUGGAUCUCGGCACAUGGCGCGCAAUAUGGACUAGUCUCGCAAUAGUGUAUGAAAACUGUCGAUUUUGCCCGUAUACUAUGUAGUAGAUGAUAGACAAUAUAUACGUAUAGAAUAAGCAUUAA